AGCUGCUCUGUUUUUGCUCACUCACAAACCCUUUUGAAUGCGUACAAAGACAUCGGCAAGGGGAGCUCGGGUUUCGCUCUGCUGACGCCAUUUUUUUUGGUUUUUCCUGUGUUGGUUCCUCGCUCUGCAAGCAAGGCGGCGGAAAUGGGUGCGCCUCAUUCGGGCCCAGCUCGCCGGGCCGGACGUGGGUUUGGCGGUGGCCUUCGCCGCCGGUGCUCCCGGGACUAGCCCUGCAUUGUCGGUUCUUCACAAUGGGGAAGGGCGCCGAGGAAGAGCAGCAGGUGGCCGCGACGGUGGUCUCGAUCACUUCCGAGCGGAAUGCGGAGCGAUGGCGUUGUGGGUGCGGCGGGGUUUCGAAGCGUGUCGGGGUCAGAUGCGUGGCGGCGCUAAUGUUGUCCGUGGCCGUGUUCUUGUCUGCCGUGUUUUGGUUGCCCCCGUUCUUGCGGUUCGCAGAUCGGGGAGAUCUGGAUCUGGAUCCGAGGUUUAGAGGUCAUGAUAUAGUAGCUACCUUUAAUGUUGAGAAGCCGGUUCUCCUACUUCAAGAUAAUAUCUUGCAGCUCGAAGAUGACAUUUUUGCAGAGAUCAAUCACGUGGCUACCAGAGUAGUUAUCUUAUCUGUGGAGCCUUUAGGUGGAUCAAAUUCAGCAAAGGUCGUGUUUGCUAUCGAUCCCGAUGCCAAAAAUUCAAAAAUAUCUAAUACUACCGAAAGUUUGAUAAAGGAGUCCUUUGAGUCUCUGGUUACACGCCAAUUAUUUCUCCGUUUGACUACAUCCUUAUUUGGCGACCCAUUCUCAUUUGAGGUGCUAAAGUUUCCCGGAGGAAUUACCAUCAUCCCUCCUCAGAGAGCAUUUCUUCUGCAGAAAGUGCAGAUCUACUUCAACUUCACCUUAAACUACUCCAUAGAGCAAAUACAAGCGAAUUUUGAUGAUCUCAUAAGCCAGUUGAGAUCAGGAUUGCGUCUCUCGUCCUAUGAGAACUUGUACAUUAGCUUAUCGAAUACCAGAGGUUCAACAGUGGCUCCUCCGACUAUAGUUCAGUCAUCCGUUUUGCUGGCGAUUGGAAACAUGCCAUCAAUGCCAAGGUUGAAGCAGCUGGCACAGACAAUCACGGGUUCUCACUCAGGAAAUCUUGGUCUCAACAAUACCAUAUUUGGCAAGGUCAAGCAAGUCCGUCUUUCAUCGAUAUUGCAGCACUCUCUCAAUGGUGGCGACGGAGGUGGACCAUCAUUACCACCUUCUCCAGCUCCUCUUCCUGAGCCCCACCAUGCACACCACCACCACCACCACCACUCUCACCACCAUCACUUCCAUAACGAGCAUGAGCCCCCUACGAUUUCACCAGCGCCUGCAACUCAUGAUAGUGCGCAUUCACCUCGAGCCGUUUCACCUGCCCAUAGAAAAAUCUCACCUGUACACAGCAAAAGCUCACCGUCACCUGCACCUGAGCCGAGUUAUGAGGCAAGGCCUCCUGGCUGUAGAUUCGGCUAUAAAGGGAAGUCUUCAGGGAACAAUGGAAAGCAGUCUCAUGUAGCUCCAGUUCCUGCACCAGCACUUGCUCCCCGGUAUUCUGGGGUUUCUCCAUCCCCACAAGCACAUCAUCCGCGUAGGGUUCCCGUGUCUAGUCCCUUACCACAUGUGGUCUAUUCUCAUGUUCAACCCCCAUCGACGACCGAAAAUCAUACAGAUAAACCUGUGCAGACGCCGUCGGUUGCUACCUCACCGAAUUCAUCUUCUGCAGGUCUUGUUCCCGCGGCACAAUGGGCAUUCACUGUGAUCUUCGCGAUCAUAUUGCAAUUAUGAGGUUAUAGACGAAGCUAUCGUAUCUUGAACGGUUGAAACAGACAGUCUCUGGUCCUUGUGAAGGCCUUGAAUGAUCAACAACCUAUACUGCGUAGAAGGAACCAUAGGAGCUUUACAGGUGGGAGAGGCCACGAAAAGGGGCGGUCCGCUCGCAUCUGGGUGGAUGGAUGUACGUAGGUUUUGGGCGCGCGCUUGUGUGUAUAUAUGUUAUUCGAAAUCCGGCUGGCAGAUGCACCAUCAGGUCAAAGUCACAGAGGUGGCAGGCCGUUGGUUCACAUUGCAUCUCCGCCGCUGUGUAUUCUCUUCUGCGGCAAAUGUAACGGUAAGGGGAAGGAAAAAGAAAAAAAAAGGAAAGACGAACAAAGGAACUGCAUAAAACUUUCCGUUUUUUUGUUUUUACGAUCUACUUUUCGAGUACGUAGAGUACGAUUUUUCGAUCC